AUGUUCGCAGUCUCCUCUGCGUUGGGUCUCCUCUGCGUUGGGCUGCAGAAGAUGCAGGCGGAGCGCGACGAAAUCAAUCACGCUGCCGUGUUGGAGGCGCCGGCGUGCAUGCCGGUCGACCUGGCUAAGAUGCGUCCCAAACUGUUCCUGGACGACAUCCUGAUGCCCCGCUUGGCACGG